UAUUAAGCAUACGACAGCGUAUUUGUCAGAAAUCUAAUAGCAGACAGUAAGGAGAAGUUAGAACUCUUUCUAUUCUCAUUUUCUCAGAACCCAAACAAAACUUUGAUCUCAUAAAAUUCCCACAGAAAGAAAAAAAAAAAACUAUGUCAUGGUCAAGUCUUGCUAGAGCUAGAACACUCCCUCAACUCAAAUCUUUACUCCAAAAUCGCAACAGAGUGAACACGAGUAGUUCUGCAAAUUAUUGGCAAAGUGUUGGGAGUUAUAAUCGGAAUCUUGUACCAAGAUGUGAAGUUAUUCAUAAGAGGCAUUAUGCUAAUUAUAAUAAUAAGGCUUCUAAUGCAACAGAACAGAAAUCGAGAAAAACCCUAAUGUAUCUAACGGGAUUAGUAUUUGCAAUGGUUGGGAGCAGCUAUGCUGCUGUUCCUCUUUAUCGUAGGUUCUGCCAAGCUACUGGUUAUGGCGGCACGGUUCAGCGCCGGGAGAGUGUUGAAGAGAAGAUUGCAAGGCAUAGUAAAGAAGGAACGGUUGCUACAAGGGAGAUUGUGGUGCAAUUCAACGCUGACGUGGCUGAUGGAAUGCCAUGGAAGUUUAUUCCCACUCAAAGAGAGGUAAGGGUAAAGCCAGGAGAGAGCGCUCUUGCAUUUUAUACAGCGGAAAAUCGAAGUAAAACUCCAAUAACUGGUGUAUCUACAUAUAAUGUUACCCCUAUGAAGGCUGCAGUGUACUUCAAUAAAAUACAAUGCUUUUGCUUUGAGGAGCAGCGUCUUCUUCCUGGGGAGCAGAUUGACAUGCCCGUAUUCUUUUAUAUUGACCCAGAAUUUGAAACAGAUCCUAGGAUGGACGGAAUCAACAACAUAAUUUUAUCCUAUACGUUUUUCAAGGUUUCAGAUGAAUGACUGACUAAUUCUUUAUGCCCAUACCGGAGUAUCCUUCCUGCUAAAACUUUGUUGAUCAGCACCACAGUGCAACCGCGACCACAUGCUUAUUUUGUACAAAUGAUGGUAUCAAAGGAUGGGUUAAUGCUUUAUGCUGAUGGGCAUGACUUCGUUUACCCAAGAAUACAGUUCUUUGCAAGUGAGAAAAAAGAAACUAAGAUUCUUGUUCAAUGCACGAAAAUGCAAUGUCGGUUCAUUGUUUGUCCACUAGAUAAAUGUAAAAUAGUUGGAAAUAAGGUUCUUCGCCUUAAAACUUAUGCUGAUAUUUGUACUACCAGAUAUUAGAAGUAUCCAAUUUCUCUUUUGAGAGAAUGAAGCCUCUGUUUUCUUUCCCCUA